UAUAUAUAUAGUCUAUCUAAGAUGUCGCGAUGGGGCGAACGUGAUGGCCAUUAGGUAAUUCCAAACAACCAGAUAAUCGACACGUGUUUAAUCAAGGGAGAUGCAAAUAUAAGUGCAGGCGUCGCAACUCUCUAUCAGUGUAAGUGUAACAGAAGUCGAAAACGGAACUAAUCAUGUGGAAGAUUGUGACAUUGUCGGCCUUCCUCAUCGUCGCGCAGGCGGCUGACAUCAAGGACAUCUACGGGGACUGGGUCCAAGCAGCAUUCUACGGCGUUGGUCCCAGCGAUCGUAUUUGCUUACAUUUCCAUUUCGCUGAGCUUCCAGACGGGCCUCACUGCACCUACUCCGAUGGAAGCAAUGCUACAAUAUUAAGUGUUGGUAUUGGUUUGAAAGCAGGGGUGUACUUUCCGGAUCGAGAUCCUAUGGCAUUGCUAGCCGUCGACACUCCAGCUGAGGUGAUGCCAGCUUUAAAUUUGACUGCCAAGUGUGGUGAUGUCGUUCUCCGUAAUAAUGAUGUCGUAAGGAUUGUAAACAAGGAUUACUUUAUACUUUACCGCUCAAACUCUUAUAUCACUAGUUUUACUCAAUUGGAGAUGGAACCAAAUCAAGCGUAUCUCUUAGGAAGGAAAGUGGUAUCGUCAGCUGAGCUGGGGAAAGUGAUGCUCAGCAUUGAGGAGUUGAAAGGAAGAAGAGGUGUUCAACUGUGUUAUACAUAGAAUUAUGGACGAUAUGAUAAGAAAAGGGUUUAAAUAACUUUCUGUUUGGUAAAAAUAUAAUGUGAAUUAUCGUAGCUAGUAUUGGGGUUCGGAGAAGAAUAUAAGGCAAAUAUAAUGUAGGAUUUAUCAGAAACGGGUUCACGUGAGAGCGAUGCCAAUAUAAGCGCAGGCGUCGCAACUCUCUAUCAGUGUAAGUGUAACAGAAGUCGAAAACGGUACUAAUCAUGUGGAAGAUUGUGACAUUGUCGGCCUUCCUCAUCGUCGCGCAGGCGGCUGACAUCAAGGACAUCUACGGGGACUGGAUCCAAGCAGCAUUCUACCCAGUUGCUACCUACGUUCCUAUUUGUAUACAUUUCAAUUUCGCUGAGAUUCCAGACGGGCCUCAUUGCACCUACUCCGAUGGAAGCAACGCCACAAUAGUUGGAGUUAGCUCGAUAACUGAUAAAGGAGAACCUCUCCAUCAAGGUCCGAUGGCAAUGUUAGUCGUCAACACUCAAGCCGAGAUAAUGCCAGCCUUGAAUUUGACCGUCACUUGCGCCGGUGUCAAUAUGCGUGAAAGCGGCGUCGUAAGGGUAAUAAACAAGGAUUACUUUAUACUUUACUUUCCAACCCCUGAAUCCAUGAGUUAUACUCUAUCGGAGACGGAGCCAAAUAAUGCGGCUCUCUUCGGAAGGAAAGUGGUGUCUGCAGAAGAUCUGACGAAAGUGAUGCUCAGUAUUGAGGAGUUGAAAGGAAGAAGAGGUGCUCAAAUGUGUGCUACCGAGAAUUAUGGUGGAUUCGAAAAGAAUGAGGCUUAAUUUUAAAUUAUUUAUUUCUUGAAUAAAAAUGUGUGAAUGCAGUAUGGUA